AACUUUUUGGGAACCUUUUACAUCAACAACGGAGUUGCCUACUACUACCAUUACAAUGGCAUCGACAACAAACGUUCUACCCCUAACCACGGCUUCUAGAGUUUGUCGAUACGAGAAGAUAAAGAGUUUAGACAUCCAGGCCACCAAUUUUGCCAAGGAUUUGACAAUUAUUCAGAACGCCAAUGUUGAACUGGACCAGUCGGUUCAUUUGUUGGGAGACGUUGUCUUCUGUCAGGGCGUGUGUGAACAAUCUUUUCUAGCCGAGGGUCCGCUCACCGGAUAUGAGUGCUGGGCAUUUACCUUCAACGAUGUUGACAAAUGCAACCUGUACUACUAUACAAGUCCCCUGCAGGUGAUUGACCCAUCCAUCUUCUCUAACAACUCUGAAACCAUUCUAUACCUGAAACGAUGCUCUGAUGACCCUCCUACAACAAUGGUGCCUACUGAAGCUACGACGACCCAACCGAUGCCCUCAACCACCAUAACACACGUCACUGACACCGUACCAGAUGAAACCACAACAGAAAUGGCAACCGCAGUAUUUACUACCACAGACGACAACCAGAGCGGUACAUCUACUAGUGCCUUAACAAGCACAUUGGCUGCAAGUACAACUGUAAACGUUGCCGUCACGACAGCUACAACCCCAACCGCCGCUGUUACUACCGGGGCUAUAAGUAUCAAUAGUGGACGACCCGAUGUGUCAGGACUGACCCCUGUUAGCGCAAACACAUACCAGCUAACUGGUGUGCCCUCUCCGGCUCCUGGAAUGUGCUUCUUCCUUAACAAUACAUAUAAGAUGGGUGAUCACUGGAAUGACACGUGCAAAUAUGACUGCGAGUGUGUCGAUACAACCUCCAACACAGCCCUCUGUCAGGACGUUUGCCCGCAUUUCGACUCUAUCCGCGCCGGUUGUCAAAUUGUGAAGGAUGACGGCGACUGCUGUGCUCGCCUUGAUUGCGUAAACGGAACGAACGUCAAUUCAACUGUCAGCCCUACCGCUAAUUGUGUUGACAACCUGCCAACGUGUGAUUACUAUGGCGAUGACGCAUGCAUGGGCUCUUUUGAACCUUGGGCAAAGGCAAACUGUGCUCUUAGAUGCGGAUUCUGCGAUAACCAGCCCCCAUGUCUAGACCGGCUUUCCUACUGCAGUCUCUACGAUAUGGUAAACGACUGUGCCCAGUAUGAGGGCUGGGCCCGCCACAACUGUAGAUCCAGCUGCAACCUUUGCUCUGUCCCAACCCAUAGCACCGCCGCCUUUGCCGUCACCAAUAUGACAACAUCUGCCGUGGAGACGUCUCCUCCAACCCCUCCUGCCACAACAGUUGCCUCCAAAACAACUUUAGCUGCUGCAACAGUCCAGACGGGAGUUCCAGGAGGUUUCGCACCCAGUGUGUUAGCACCCCAAAGAUUGGUCGUUGUCAACGCAAACACAUAUAAGAUGAACGGUGGGCUAUCGCCGGUCGCUGACACUUGUUACUUUCUGAACAAUACGUAUAAGAGUGGUGAGCACUGGAAUGACACAUGCAAGUAUGACUGCGAGUGUAUCGACACAUCCUCCAACACAGCCCUCUGUCAUAACGUUUGCCCGUACUACAAUUCCAUCCCCGUUGGUUGUCAGAUUGUGAAAGAUGACGGCGACUGCUGUGCUCGCCUUGAUUGCGUGAACGGAACGGAUGUCAAUUCAACAGUCAGCCCUACCGCCAAUUGUGUUGACAAAAGGCAAAAUUGUGAUUACUAUGGGGACAACGCAUGCGUAGACGCUUUUGAGCCUUGGGCAAAGGCAAACUGUGCUUUGAGAUGUGGAUUCUGUGAUUACCAGCCCCCAUGCCUGGACUUGCUGUCUUUCUGCAGUCUUUACGAUUUGCCGAACGACUGUGUCAAUUAUGAGGGCUGGGCGCGGCGCAACUGUAAAUCCAGCUGCAACCUUUGCGCUGUCCCUACCCACAACACCACCACUGCUCCUUAGAGCCAACUCUGUACCCGUUGAUAUAUGCAUAGAUUUUUUGUAAUGUGAAGUGUGGAAUCUGUUUGUGUUUAGAAUGUAUCUUGAUUUCAUAUUGUCAAUUUUUCUAUGAUGAUUAAACGAUUAAGAUGUCUAAUAAAGUUAAUUAACAAUU